UAAAGAGUAGGAAGAAGAAUGUCUAGAUAAUUUUUGAGCUGCAGUUCUUUCGUAUCUCUUGUAGGAAUGGUAUCUCAAACGUGCACUAUAAUAAUUUUGUUCUAAGACUUUUACUGCUCAGUUAAAUUUAUUAUAUUUAAUUUAGCCACGUGUGUACACACUUAAAUGUAUUCUACAAAUGAAAAUAACCCCGGUGAUGGAUUUAAUAAAUUAUAUUCCAUACAGUGAUUAUUCAUCUCAUUAAUAUGUAAUUAAAAAUAUUACGAAUAAAUAAAAUCAAAUAAUUGACUAUCAUUUAUGUCUUCAAGGAAAUUAUUGUUAUCAGUAAUAUUAUAAAGUAAUAUUGGCCCAGUAACAGAAAUAUAAGUGUGAAUACUUUAAUGAUCAUCGUUCUAUUUUGUAGUUUCAUGUUUUCUGUGGUAAUCAAUAUUCUAAGUUGAUUGAGAGUUUAAUUUAUAAAUUAUAUUGACAAUAUAAUUAAAAUGAUAAUAAUGUGGUGAAAGUGUUGCUAAUAUUUCAAGUGAAAAAGUUUUUUUGUUCUGUUGAAAAAUGUUUCGUGAAAGAAUAAUUAAAAAACAAGGCUUUCUCUCAUUAACAUCAGAAGUAAUCUCGGGUUAUACUGAACAAAAUACAGCUGAAAUUACAACUACUCAAACAUCUGACCGAUUGCAACAGCCAAGUUCGACGUUAAAUCACGACAAUGAUAGAUUUAUUGAUUGUAAUGGACGAGAACACAUUUGUGGAAAAGAAGCUGCUUGUAAGAACUUUCCCAAUAAUACCUCCAAGUGUGUUUGUCCACAUGAUUUAUCUGCACCUACUGAUGACUUUAAAUGCCCUGUUCGCUGGACUGUUCCUGUGGUUCCACGACCAAUUAACAAUAUAUUUCCACCUACGUUAAAUACCACGAAUAACACAUUAUUAUCUGAAGCAGAAGAGAUGAAUGGAAAGCCGUAUAGAUUGGGUGAAGUAAUUGGAGUGACGACAGCAUCCUUAAUUGUUAUUGGGAUACUUGGAAUUUUUUUAUUUAUUUUAAAAAAAAAGCAUUACAAUAAAAAAACAGUACGACAAACUCUUAAUAUAUCUCCAAUGAAUUUAAAGAAGAGUGUACUUUUGGCUAAUAAAUACACACCAAACCCACAGUAUUUUGGCUGUACACCUCCAGAAGUUCCAAUUAUAAGGCGAGAAAACAUUAUUUUUCUUUAUGAUAUUGGAGAGGGUUGUUUUGGAAAGGUUUAUAAGGGGGAACUGUCUCAUGAACAAGGUAAAGAAAUAGUUGCGGUAAAAGUUCUCAAGGAUUCUGCAUCACAUGAAGCUGAAGAAGACUUUAUGCGAGAAGUAGAAAUUAUGUCAACUUUUCGUCAUGAAAAUAUUUUAUCCUUAAUAGGAGUAGUCCUUCGAGAUUCUGGAAAUAAUCCAUGGAUGGUUUUUGAGUAUAUGCCUUAUGGAGACUUGGCAGAAGUUUUGAGAGCUAACUCGCAUCAAUUAAGAACUUUAUCUUCUUCUACUUCUUCUUCAAAUCUAGACCCACUGACAAAGAAAGAUUUGCACUGGAUUACAAUACAAAUAACUUCCGGAAUGGCUUAUCUUUCGGCCCAGAGAUUUGUCCAUCGUGAUUUAGCUUGCCGUAAUUGUCUUGUUGGGUCGGAUUUAGUAGUAAAAAUUGCUGACUUUGGGAUGUCUAGAGAUGUUUAUACUUGUGAUUAUUAUCGGAUUGGAGGUUCCCGAAUGCUUCCUGUACGAUGGAUGUCACCAGAGAGUGUUAUUUAUGGACGUUUCACUCUUGAGAGUGACGUGUGGAGCUUUGGUGUUGUUUUAUGGGAAGUAUAUUCCUACGGGAAGCAACCAUACUAUGGCCACAAUAAUGAGGAAGUAGUAAAACUUAUUCUCCAAGGUAUAAUACUCACUCCGCCAGAGAGUUGUCCAGAAUUUGUCAGCCAGAUAAUGACCCAAUGUUGGAAAUUGGAGCCCCGAGAUCGACCCCGUUUUUCAGAGAUUCUCGAUAAACUCAAGAAAGCUUAUCAAGGGAUCGAAAAGAUGAACAAAAAAGGAAGUUUACCAAGGCCACCACAAGGACCAGUAACUAUUAAACCUCCUAAUGCAUUAGAUUCUGAAGGAUAUCUUGUUCCUGCACCAGUAGCAUCACGAGAGUAUCUACAACCACUUCCACCCAUCAUCUCUGUUUAGCCAUUUUCUACAUAGUAUAUAAAAUAUUUCAUGUACAUUAUUGCUAUUACAUUCAUAACAGCUGUAGUCAUAAUUUUCAUUACAUCUUUUUUAAAUAAUAACAUAUGAUUGAUUACAUUAUCAUGUUAUUAUUAUCAGAGAAAAGUUAGAACUGCUAUUAUUAUUAUUCACUUCAUUUUAUAUGAUAAUAAUCGAAUGAUAAUUUAUAUUUAUCAACAAUAUAUUAAUUACUCAA